GGGCAUCCGAAGGCAUCGUUGGGCGGGCUGAGGGCAACAGGAGGGGCUGCCAGAGUCCGGGAGCUGCUGUCUCACUCUGUUUCUCACACCAUGCGUUGCCUGGCUACGCGCCCAGCCGGGUCCUACCUGCCAGAGCCCCAAGGCAGUGGACAGCACACAACCAUGGAGUUGGGGCCUCUAGAAGGUGGGUACCUGGAGCUUCUCAACAACAAUGCUGACCCUUUGCAUCUCUACCACCUCUAUGACCGGAUGGACCUGGCUGGAGAAGAAGAGCUAGAGCUCUGCUCAGAACCUGAUACGGACACCAUCAACUGCGAACAGUUCAGCAGGCUGUUGUGUGAUAUGGAAGGUGAUGAAGAGACCAGGGAGGCUUAUGCCAAUAUCGCGGAACUGGACCAGUAUGUCUUCCAGGAUUCCCAGCUGGAGGGCCUGAGCAAAGACAUUUUCAUCGAGCACAUAGGACUGGAAGAAAUGAUCAGCGAGAGUGUGGAGGUGCUGGAGGAAGCAGGACAGAAAAGUCAGAAAAGACCCUUCCCAGAGGAGCUGCCUGUGGAUCUGAAGCACAGGAAGCUAGCUGAGCCCCUAGCCAUGCCCGUGGUGACUGGUGCUUUCCUGGUGGGGCUAGUGAGUGACUCUUCAGCUCAGCCCUGCCCAUCACCACCUGCUCUGUUCAACAAGGAGCCAGCACCCAGCCAGACCCGGCUGGAGGACACCGUGCCCCCUUCCAGUUCCUUGUUGAGCUGCCUGAGUCUCCCUGCUGGACCCAUCCAGAUCAUCCCCACUCUCUCCACUCUGCCCCAGGGGCUCUGGCAAAUCUCAGGGGCUGGGACAGGGGUCUCCAGUAUACUCAUCUACCAAGGUGAGAUGCCCCAGGCCAGCCAAACACCCGCCACCAGCAGCACAGCUGUCCACAGCCUCCCAAAGUCCCCAGACCGGCCCGGCUCCACCAGCCCCUUUGCCCCAUCGGCAGCUGACCUCCCCAGCAUGCCUGAACCAGCCCUGACCUCCCGUACAAACCUAACAGAGGAUGAGAUGUCCCCCACCCAAUGCCCAGCAGCUCACGAGGCAUCCAGCAAGCUUCCCAAGUGGCCUGAGAGUGUGGAACAAUUCUACUGCUCGCUACGGAACAAGUACCAGGCUAAGCCCGCAGGCCCGGAAGGCAUCCUGGUGGAGGUGGACCUGGUGAGGGUAAGGCUGGAGAGGAGCGGCGGCAAAAGCCAGGACAGAGAGCUGACCACCCUGGACUGGGCAGAGCGGCAGCCGGCCCGAGGAAGUCUGGGCGAGGUGCUGCUGGCCUCUAGCAACCACCGGCAGCCACGUGAGACGCAGGUGAUCGCUGUGCUGGGCAAAGCAGGACAGGGGAAGAGUCACUGGGUCCAGGCCGUGAGCUGGGCCUGGGCCUGCGGCCAGCUGCCACAGUACGACUUUAUCUUCUGCAUCCCCUGCCACUGUUUGGACCGUCCGGGGGACACCUACCGCCUGCAGGAUCUGCUCUUCUCCCUGGGUUCACAGCCACUGUCAGUGGACGACGAGGUCUUCAGUUACAUCUUGAGGAGGCCCGACCGCAUUCUGCUCAUCCUGGAUGCCUUCGAGGAGCUCGAAGCCCAAGACGGCUUCCUGCACAGUGCGGGCGGACCCACGUCAGCAGAAGCCCGCUCCCUCCGGGGGCUGCUGGCGGGCCUCUUCCAGCGCAAGCUGCUGAGAGGCUGCACCCUGCUGCUUACAGCCCGGCCCCGGGGCCGCCUGGCCCAGAGCCUGAGCAAGGCCGACGCUCUGUUCGAAGUGGCCGGCUUCUCCGCCCAGCAGGCCGAGACCUAUGUGAUGCGCUACUUUGAGUGUUCGGGGACCACCGAGCACCAAAAGAGAGCCCUGGCGCUCCUCCAGUCCCAGCCAUUUCUCCUGAGUCACAGCCAUAGCCCCACUGUGUGCCGGGCCGUGUGCCGGCUCUUGGAGGCCCUCCUGGAGCUAGGUGAUGAGGCCCAGCUGCCUUCCACGCUCACGGGACUCUAUGUUGGCUUACUAGGCCCAGGAGCCCGUGACAGCCCCCCAGGGGCCCUGGUGGGACUGGCCAGGCUGGCCUGGGAGCUGGGCCGCGGUCACCAGAGCAGCCUGCGGGAGGGCCAGUUCCCAUCGGCCGAGGUGAGGGUCUGGGCUGUGGCCCAAGGCUUGGUGCAGCCCACCCCGGGGGCCCCGGAGACCAAGCUGGCCUUCUCCAGCUUCCUCCUGCAAUGCUUCCUGGGGGCUGUGUGGCUGGCUCUGAGCAGCGAAAUCAAGGACAAGGAGCUGCCGCAGUAUUUGGCAUUGACCCCGAGGAAGAAGAGGCCCUAUGACAACUGGCUGGAGGGCGUGCCGCGCUUUCUGGUCGGGCUGGUCUUCCAGCCUCGUGCCUGCUGCCUGGGAGCCCUGGCAGGGCUGGCGGGCUCCACCUCAGCGGUCAGAAAGCAGGAGGUGCUCACCAGGUACCUGAAGCGGCUGCAGCCUGGGGCGCUGAAGGCGGGGCGGCUGCUGGAGCUGCUGCACUGCGCCCACGAGGCACUGGAUGCCGGGCUUUGGCAGCAUGUACUGCAGGGGCUCCCGGCCCACCUCUCGUUCCUGGGCACCCGGCUCACACCUCCCGACACCUACGUGCUGGGCAGCGCCUUGGAGGCGGCGGGCCGAGACUUCUCCCUGGACCUCCGCAGCACUGGUGUUGACCCCUCUGGACUGGGGAGCCUCGUGGGACUCAGCUGUGUCACCCAUUUCAGGGCUGCCUUGAGUGACACAGUGGAGCUGUGGGAGUCCCUACAGCAGCAUGGGGAGGCCAAGUUACUCCGAGCAGUGAAGGAGAAGUUCACCAUUGAGCCUUUCAAGGCUGAAUCCAUGAAGGAUGUGGAAGACCUAGGCAACCUCGUGCAGAUCCAGAGGACAAGAAGUUCCUCUGAAGACACGCCUGGGGAACUCCCUGCCAUCCGAGACUUAAAGAAGCUGGAGUUUGCGCUGGGCCCCAUCUUGGGCCCUCAGGCUUUUCCCAAACUGGUGAAGAUCCUUGAGGCCUUUUCUUCCCUUCAGCAUCUGGACCUGGACUCACUGAGUGAGAACAAGAUCGGGGAUGAGGGUGUCGCCCAGCUCUCGGCCACCUUCCCUCAGCUGAAGGCCCUGGAGACGCUCAAUUUGUCCCAGAACAAUAUCACUGACUUGGGUGCCUGCAAGCUGGCGGAGGCCCUGCCCUUGCUGGCUGCGUCCCUCCUCAGGCUGAGCUUGUACAAUAACUGCAUCUGCGAUGUGGGAGCUGAGAGCCUGGCACACGUGCUUCCAGACAUGGUGUCCCUCCGGGUGCUGGAUGUCCAGUACAACAAGUUCACAGCUGCCGGGGCCCAGCAGCUCACUGCCAGCCUGAGAAAGUGCCCUCACGUGGAGAAGCUGGCGAUGUGGACGCCCACCAUCCCUUUUGGCGUCCAGGAACACCUGCAGCAGCUGGACUCAAGGAUCAUCCUGAGAUGAUCCAGGCUGUGCCUGGGACAAGGUAACUGAGGCUUCCUGAUCUCCACCCAUCCUGACCUCUCACAGCAUGUUCUCCGAGGACACUGACCAUGCUGGACCCUGACCUGGUUAUUUAUGGACACAACUCUUCUUGGGCUGUUUCCCGUGAGCCUCGGCGUCCUGGUGCCCAGCCCUGGUGGUUCAGAGUCGGCCCCCGCCCAGCUGCGGAAAGGACCCAUGGCCUGUUCUGCGAACAGACCCAGGCCUGGCCCUAGGCUCCUUUGGAGAGCAGGUUGAUGUCAGCCCUGCUCAGCCACUGCAGCCCUGGCAGAUGGGCCAGUGCCUGGUGGCAGGUGCUGUGCACCCAAGAGCCCUGAGGCAUUCCCUGCAGGACACUGCAGACAGCUGUGGCCAGGCCAGAGAGAGGGAUGAAGCGGCCACAUCCCCAGCUUCCCAGGUCCCUGCCGGCCUGGGGAGAAAGCGCUGCUCCACGCUGCUCUCCUAAAGGGCAAGCUCUGAGGAUACCAGCGACCAUCCCCUGCCUGCUGACCUCCCAAACCAUGACCACUGGGAUUCUACAGCAACUGCCUUCUGUCUCUGGGACUCACUGGUUUGCACUAACUUUGUUUGCCGAGGCCAAAUCUAGGCCUGGCCAGACACACUGGACCUUAGCAGGAAAAGAGCUGAUGGUACACUAACAGAGGAGGGCAGGGGCGAUGGACUGGAACCACGUCUACCUUUUUGCCUUCAUUUCCCGUGUCUUUUUUCACUACAUGAUAAAUGGCUCAUUUAAUCCCA